AUCUUUUUCAAGUGCAACCAACCCCUUUAUCUGAAGUAUUAUGGCUUGCUAGACUUUAUUAAUAACCUCAAUUCUGCUAUGCCGUCAUAAUAUAUUUGAAGUCUACAAAUGCUCAACCAAACCCUCCGGCGCAUUGGCGCCUCCCCGCCGACUGGCCCAACUCCCGCCAUCAUCCCAUCCCGAUUCUUCAGCAGCCGAACGCAAGGGAACCCCCUGUCCUACCGACCUAAUGCCAUGUCUCGACCUCAAUUCUCUCCCCGAUAUCUUCAUCCAACCCAAUCUCGACCUUAUACCCUCUUCUCCCGCUUCCGGGACAACUUCAACGAAGCCAGGAAACAUGUCUGGCGCGAACGCCCCAUUGGCAUGACCGCAACCCUUCUUUUUGCGGUUAGCAUGACAAGCGGCCUCAUAUACCUCUUAUACGACCACAUCACUCGCGUGGAGCCUCAAUUCUCGCGUUUCCCCAAACCCGUGGGUGACAGCUUACGCAAAGCCAUAUAUUACACCGAAUUCGAACUAAAUCCCGUUCGCGCCCUACAUUGGUAUAAGCAGGCAUUGAUUGCUGCGGAUCAGCUGGGCAUGCACCCAUUUUCGGAGGAAGUGUUGGGGAUUAGGUUGCAGAUUCCUCAUAUGUUGGAGAAAGCGGGGAUGAUGAAGCCAGCCAUUGAAGUACUAGAGAAGACGCAGAAGGACUGUCUUGAAUGGGUGCAGAACGGGAGGAGAAAGCAGAUGAUCAGGAACAGAGAACGGGCAAGGGAUGGAAACCGGAUAGACGACCCCACUGGCACGGGAGAGGAGCGGAAGGCAGAACAGGAAAAGGAGGCAGAGGAGGAGCGACGGCGUGGUUUCGUCAUGAAAAGAGCCGCCGGAGUCGGGGUCAAGAUUGCAGAACUCUACUCAAGUGAUUAUGUGCGAGAGACAGACAAAGCCGAAAAGGCACUCCUCUCGGCCGUUGACCUAAGCCGCGCCGAGCUUCAGCACCGCCGGGAAAUGAACCUCCCCGUUUCCCAAGGAGACGGCGACUAUUACCUCAACCUCACUGAGGUAGCAUUUGCAUUCAACGAACUCGCAGACUUCUACGCUGAAAGAGGUCGGAGCGACCUCUCGACGGCUUUGUACAUGCAGUCCCUCUCCCUGAUCAAAGAAGACCAGCAGGAUCGACCGAGCACAUGCGCCCAGGUCGUUUUACUGAACAAUAUCUCAAGCCAGAUGGCGGAACAGGCCCAGAAUCCAACCCCGCCUCCUGCGGAAACCACAUCGGGGACCCAUAUGCCUCCCGUAUCGCGUGACCAAUUGCUCAACGCGGCCUCGGAAUGGGCCAAGAAAGCUCUCGAUGUGGCGGACAAGAUUCAACCGCCAGUGCGUACUGAAGAAUGCGAUCAAGGCUGUCUGACUGCGACCUACAAUCUAGGAGAGAUCGCGGAAAUGCAGGGCCAUUUUAGCGAGGCAAAGAAGUAUUAUGGAGAGGCUCGGGAGAUAGCGAAGAAAAUCCAAUCCCCUGAAGGCGUGAGCAGAGCAAAUGAAGGGCUGGAAAGGCUAAAAAAGCAGGCGUGAGAGCAGCAUAGAUGAUAAGGUAGUUCGGCAUGCUUUUUCUGUGAUAUGUUUGGGGAAUAUAAAACAUGUAUUGUAUGUACAUUAUAGGUACAACUGUGGGAUCUUGUGAUAAGGGAGGCCUUCCGGUUGGUAACUGGGUCGGCACACUCUACACGGAGC